AAUAUUUACAUUUUUAUAACGCAUAGGUAAUGGCACCAAAACAACAAUCUUAUGAUCCAGCUUGGAGACAUGCACGUCGAUUAGAAAAUCGAUUUCAUUGACAAUGUCUGCAUUGCGAUAUGAUUGGACGUAGUGGUGGGAUCACACGCCUAAAACAACAUCUUGCUGGUGGAUAUCCAGAUGUCUCUAGAUGCCCAAAAGUGUCUCAAGAAAUUCGUCGUGCAAUGAAAGAUGAACUUGAUGGCAAAAAAGAAUUAAAGCAUAAACAACAACAACAACAUGAAAUGCUUGAUAGGCGAAGCUCUCAAGCACCAGUUUAUGAUGAAUUUGAAGGUCGUGGUGAAGAUCCAAAUGAUGAAGAAUUUUUAGCAGCUCUUAGUGCCUCUCGAACUCAAUAUGAAUAUGAGCGACAUAUGCAAUAUAGUGGUAUUGGUGCUAGUGGAAGUGGCUCAGCUGGUGCUAGUGGAAGUGGCUCAACUACUGCAGCAACAUUGGGGAGGAGUGAAAGUGUUCGUGUUACUUCAACACAAGGUGGUAUCGGUCAUUUCUUUCCUUCUAUGGGACGAAGGCGUGCAGUUGAUAUUGCUGAUAUUGAUCCACUAGCAUUCCCGGACCAAGCUAGCAAACAGACUAGGAUUGAUGAUGCUUAUACAAGGGAGAAGAAGAAAUCAAUAGGUCAAAGUAUUGCUAAAUUUUUUCAUUUUAAUCGAAUUCCUCCCAAUGCAGCAAAUAACACAUACUACCGCAGCAUGGUAUCCAACAUUCAAAAAUCUGGACCUGGUAUUCAACCUCCGACUGCAUAUGAAAUUGCUGGUCCGUAUUUAGAUGAACAAGUGAAGGAAAUCAAAACUUGGAUCCUAUCAUGCAAGAAGCAAUGGAGCUUAUAUGGGGUUACAUUAAUGUGUGAUGGUUGGACAGGACCUACACGGAUGAGCAUUAUUAAUUUUCUGCUAUACUGCAAUAGAAAGGUGAUUUUUCAUAAAUCUGUUGAUGCAACUGCAGAUUAUCAUGAUGCAUCUUAUAUAUAUCAUUUGAUGGAUAACGUAGUUCAAGAGAUAGGUGCAGAACAUAUAGUGCAGGUAAUUACAGACAAUGGUGCCAACUUCAAGAGGGCUGGAGAAUUACUGGAGCAAAAAUAUCAAACAUUAUUUUGGACACCAUGCGCAGCACACUGUGUUGAUUUGAUGAUGGCAGAUAUUGGUAAACUCGAUAUAGUAAAGAAGGUAGUGAAAAAAGGUCAAUCGUUAACAAAAUUCCUUUAUAAUCAUCAUUGGGUUCACGGAUUAAUGAGGAAAUUUAUUAAUGGGGAGAUUCUACGACCAGGAGCAACUAGGUUUGCAACUCACUUUCUCCUAUUAAAAUCAUUAUUUCAGAAAAAAGUCGGAUUGAAAGCCAUGUUCACUUCUGAAGAUUGGGAAACCUCUCGAUACUCUAGUUCUACUGAAGGAAGGGAGGUACAAAAAAUUAUUAUAUCUGCUAGAUUUUGGGACUAUAUUUCAGAUAUUCUUAUAGCAGUGGAACCCUUGUACGUUGUUCUACGAAAAGUUGAUAUGGACAAGAAGCCACAAAUGGGCAACGUCUACCGUCUAAUUCACGAAGCAAAAGAGGAAAUUAAGAGACGUCUACAAUCUCCAACUAAGUAUCAAUAUUAUAUUGAUAUAAUCACUACAAGGUGGGACAACCAAAUGGGAAAACAUAUUCAUUUAGCAGGUUAUUAUCUCAAUCCGGCAUAUCAAUAUCGUUAUAAUCUUGCCACAAAUGAAGAUCUAUUAGUAGCCCUCAGAAAUGUAAUAUCAAGACUCCAAAAAAAUAGAGAAUUAGCUACUGAGGCUAUUAAUGAAAGUCGAUUAUUUCGAGAAGCAUAUGGUUCUUUUAGCGAUUCUUUUGCAGUGUCAUGCAGAUAUAAAAUGGAUGCAGCUGAGUGGUGGUUACAAUAUGGAGGAUCAGCCCCAAAUUUAAAAAAGAUUGCAGUACAAAUUCUCUCACAGACAACGUCUUCAAGUGGUUGCGAAAGAAAUUGGUCAACUUUCUCCCUCAUUCAUACAAAAGUACGCAAUCGUCUUUCUUAUCGUCGCUUGGAGAAGAUGGUCUACGUUCAUUAUAAUAUGCGUCUUCAACUAAGAGCGAUUACAGAAGAACAAGAACUGGAAAAACAAGAAUCUAGUGAUGUAGACCCAUUUGAUAUUGGAUUUGUCCAAACUGAGGAUGAUCCAAUGAUGGAUUGGUGGAGUGCCGUGGAGGCUGAGAAUCCCUUACUUGAUGAAACUGGAGAUCCACCACGACCAUCUCAAUUUCUUACUCAAGAGAUUGAAAAAAUACAAGCUAGAGGAGAUGUCAGCGAAGAAUAUAAUGAUGAGGCUUUUGACCAAGAAUUUCGAUUUUCUGGAUCACGACCAAGACGUUCUCAAUCAUCUCAACCUCAAAGUCAACCAAAGUCCGCAGAUAAAGACAAAGGUAAAACUCCUGCAAUUUUUACUCAAGAGAAAAGAAAAGUCAAAACUCCUGCUUUUAAAGAAAGUGGCCCAUUGAGAAUUAGUGAAAAUCCACUCAAUGCAAUUGAUGAGCAAGAGCAUGAUGAUAGUGAUGAAACAUCAUCACCUUCUGACACUAUAGUCCGACGAGAAGUUCGAAAUGAUGAUAGUGAUGUCAAUAGCAGUGCAAGUACUAAUGGAAGCGAUGGCAGUGGUGAUGCAUCUGGUGGCUGUGGCACUUAUGUUCCUCCUACUUCGGCACCGGAGCCUUGGACAUGUGAAAAAGAUUACACACAUGCAACCCAAGAUAAAGAUCAUAGAGGUAGAAUUAUUAAAUCUCAGUAUCAACGUCGAUCUAAGGGUGACAAACAAAAGAAAGCUCAUGAUUAUCAUGAUAUGCGAGAGAGUUUAGCUGAGAUUGAUUCUGAUCGAAGUUCAUCGUACUCUCAACCUUCUUAUUAUAGUUCUGAUGCAUCAUAUGGCGAUCCAUCAUAUCAGAGCUCAGGGACGUAUGCUUAUCCUUAUCCUGUGCCUGUACCUGUACCAGUUCCAAUUCCAGUGGUGCCAGUUCAAAUUCAACUUUCAGUGGUCAAUCGAGACAUGCUGAUGGACAUGUGGAGAAAUCAAUAUCAAUAUUGCAUGUCAUGGGAUGAUUAUUUAAUCUGGGCAUUGGAAAACUAUGGAGUUGAUUUAACCAGAAUGUUGCAAGAACCAAUGCUUCAAUCUGAUUCACGUCAUUCCUUUUGGUAUUAGUAAGGAUCACCUGGCGGCCGCCCGAGGUUCCAAGAGGCGUACUUGAAGCUGUAGUGAGGUUGGAGCUGGAGAGCCAUGGAUACUUCUCGAUCAGCACUGGCUUUGUGUUCCGAUGCAGUGUCAUUUCAUUUCUUCUAGUAAUAAUUUCGUGCCUCAAACUGUUGCCAAUCUUGCAAUGUGUGACUGAAUAGUCAGAGCGGUUGUUAGGGUUUCCUAGGGUUGUGAGUGGAUUUCGAAUUUCAAUAUGUUAAAUGUUUAUUCUCUCCUUCCAAUAAUUGUGUUUGGGGCUCUCUCUCUCUCUCACUGUCACUCUCACUCUCACUAGUGGAAUCACCGUGAAUAUUUACUUCGAAUCAUCAAUGAUUUACUUUCUUUUUGUGUUA